CUUGACGGAGCAGGCAGCAACAGCAGCAGAGACGGCGUGACGUGUUGGGGGAGCGUAAUGCCACCGAGCCUGGAGCUGCCUUUCAGAGCAAACACACAACUGACAGCGCUGCCUCGCGUUCCUCCUGGUCAUCCUCUUCCUCCCCCGCUGUUUGCAGCCAGAGAACAGAGCGUGAGAGGCUGCUGAAUGAGGGGAGGCGAGAGAGGGACCGGGGAGAAGAAAAAAAAAAGGGAAGAUGGAAACACAUCGGAGGGAGAAAAAACAACAUGCGCGGGUUUGAAUCGGGGGGAGAAAAAGAGCACGAAGGAGCCAGCAUCAGAAUGGAGAAAGGAAGAGAAGCCGAACGGAAACGUAAAGCCCAUCCAACCAUUGCUGCUCUGACUUACACAAUACGAUUACGAGGACAGUGAAAAGGACCCGGAGCUGCAGCAAACUGCCACCUAGAGUCUCUCUUCUUCCUUUGGCCACAGGCAGCUGGAGCACGGCAGUAUUAGAAACAAGCCUCGGGGGCACGAUGCAUCAAGACGGAUGGGGAGAUUGCAACGCUCCGGCUCUUUACGCACGCUCAGCUGAUGUGCGGGGGAGAGAGCGACGACUAGAUGCAAUCCUGAACACUUUAUUUUCUCGCAAAGAAUAGAAUGAUAACGAAAAAUCCCUCCAAGCUGCAGCAAGAGAACAGGAAGAAUUGUCAUGUGCUCUGGAGGAAAUGAGGGAGGACACGGACCAUCGAGCCUUUCUGUUUCUCACCGAGAGAGAGAAAAAAAAAAAAAAGGUCAUCCCUUGGCACCGGCACACCUGUCAGUAAAAUAAUGUUGGGCGAAUGACCCUUGAGAAACCCAACUCCUCACUCCUGUGAUCUGAGAUCAGCUGCGUAAAACAGCAGAACUAUGCAGUGGAGGCGGCGCCACUGCUGUACCCACGCGGCUAAACUUCUGUAUCUCCUCUCACUGUUGGGUCUCCUGGUGUUUUUGGUCCACCAAGUGUGGCUCCCCAAGCUCUCCGGUACCCCGUGGUGGAGGGGCUACCCUGUGGUGUACGGAGGCACGGUGCUUCAUACCACCAAGAACAAAUGGAACAGCAGCGCAGCACAUGCGGUGUGGAGGUUCGGGAAUGUUCCUCAGCAACCUUUUAGGGCAGAGGCUACCAUCGGCUCAUCUGAGAGGCACAACGGCUCUUUCUAUCGAGGUGACACCAGCUUUGAGAACAAUUUGACUGCCAACACCAGCCAGAGCCAAGAGGGAGCACAUAAUGCUACCCUGACCCACGGACCUUUCCCCUACAUCAUCGAUGAGCCGGGUAAAUGCGCAGAGAACCGACCUGCCCCGUUUCUGGUGCUGCUAAUUGCCACAGAGGCUCGUCAGGUGGAAGCAAGAAACGCCAUCCGGCAGACUUGGGGGAACGAGAGCAUUUUCCCUUCUCUGGGAUUUAUCCGACUGUUCCUGCUGGGGAAAAAAGAGGGAGAACUGGGACUUCUACAGCAGAAGAUGCUGGAGUCAGAGAGCCGGAGGCAUCACGAUAUCAUUCAGCAAGACUUCCUGGAUUCUUAUAAAAACCUGACGAUAAAGACUCUGAUGGGAAUGAACUGGGUGGCGAUGCACUGUCCGAAGGCAAGCUACGUCAUGAAAACUGACAGCGACAUGUUCGUCAACACCGAGUACCUCAUCUACAAGCUGCUCAGGCCGGAUCUGAAGCCCAGGAAGGACUACUUCACAGGCAACAACAUGAGAGGCUUUGCACCCAACCGAAAUCAAAACAGCAAGUGGUACAUGCCUCCCGAGCUCUACCCGGGCGACAAGUAUCCCACCUUCUGCUCCGGGACCGGUUACGUCUUUUCUGGAGACCUGGCCGGGAAAAUCUACCGGACCUCCCUGAGGGUCCGCCGCCUGCACCUGGAGGACGUGUUCGUGGGAAUCUGCCUGGCCAAGCUCCAAAUCGAGCCCACGCCUCCGCCCAACGGGUUCCUGUUCAACCACUGGCGGGUGUCGUACUCCAGCUGCAAGUACAGCCACCUGAUAACGUCCCACGGGUUCCAUCCCAACGAGCUGCUCAAAUACUGGCAUCACCUUCAGAGCAACAAGCACAACGCCUGCAUCAGCACGUUCAAGGAGAGAACGGGCCGAGCACACCCCCGCAGACCCAACAGAGACAAGCAGGCCCGUUUGCUGCAACACUGACAGUACCGUCUAAACCAUUUAGAUCUGUAAACAGCUUGAUAUCAUGUGAUGCACCUUCAUGGCAACAUAUUUAAAAAGAAAAACCAAAUGUGUACAAACUAAUAAAAUCCUGUGAAAUUGUUGCCGAUUUUCAACUAAUACGUUUCUACUGGACUGAGACGCUGAAGAACCACAUCAACAGUUCUGUGAAUUGGACUGGAGUAGAAAAGAAACGUCUGUAAAAUAUUAAAUCUGUUGUAGAGUCUCAUAACCUGAAGCAGGCAAAUAAACAUUUCCAACAGAGCAA